GGCGCCCGCCGCCCCCGCCGCGCCCGCAGCCGCCGCCCGCGCGGGGAUGUAGGAUGCUGGUGGGCGCCGGGCUCCAGCGGCGGCGGCGGCAGCUGCAGCAGCCGCAGCAGCCUCGGCGGCGGCAGCCUCUCCUCUGGCCGAUGAACGCAGACCCGCCGCCGCCGCCGCCCUGGGUUUGGAUGGUCCCCGGCUCGGCCGGGCUGCUCCGGCUGGGAGCCGGGGUCGCGCCCCCGCCAGGGCUGCUUGCCUCGGCCCAGCCCUCUGCCGCCCCGCUGCUCCCGGGGCUGCCCGGCUGGCUGCCGUUGCUGCCGCUGCCCUCUGCGCCAGACCACGCCGCCGCCGCAGCUGUGCACCACUACUCCUUGCUCAACGGGCAGUGGCUGUUUGGUGGUCAUUCUCCAUCGAUUGGACUGUCCCCCUCUUCCACUGUGGAAUUGGUGCCCAUUUUCCCACAUGUCUGCCCAUCUUCUCUUCCACUUCCCAUUGGGAAAAGUUGGAUAGACAAAAGGAUACCUAAUUGUAAGAUCUUUUUUAAUAAUUCCUUUGCUUUGGACUCAACAUGGAUAUAUCCUGAGGAAUCAAGAUUGUUCCAUGGGCCUGAGAAGCCUCAACUGUUGGCAAAUCAAGUAGCCGUGUCUCUGUCCAGGCCAGCUCCUGCCUCUAGGCCUCCUCCCACAGUGGUGUUAACACCUCAGCCUAUCCCAGGUGGUCAUCACAGCAGCCUUACGCCUGUCGGCAGCGGCCCCACCUUUGCCAUCACCACUGCCACCGCCACCAUGGUCUCCGUGGACCCCGAGGGACUUGGGGGCCCGUCCCCCUCCAGCGUGCAGCCUUGCCACUUCCUGACCCUGGCGCCCAUCAAGAUACCCCUGCGGACCACACCCUUCUCUGAUAAAAGCAGAGAGCACAGCCGGGCGCCCUGCCCGCCGGCCCUGAUGCUGCACGGGGAGACGAAGAGCCCGGCGGGAGACAGACCAGCCAAGGAGGCUCCAUCGAUCCUAGUGACAGGCGAAGACAGAGCGGCCAAAGGCACAAGACCCGUGGCCUCCACCCCGGUGCCCGGAUCCCCCUGGUGUGUGGUCUGGACGGGCGAUGACCGGGUUUUCUUCUUCAACCCGACGAUGCAGCUGUCCGUCUGGGAGAAGCCGAUGGACUUGAGAAACCGCGGGGACCUCAACAGGAUCAUCGAAGACCCUCCCCACAAGCGCAAGCUGGAGGCAGCAACAACCAAGCCCGGCGAUGGAUCAAGUUCCGAAGAUGGCAGGGAAGACCCCCACGUGAAAACCAAGAGGAAUCGGACGGAAGGCCACGUGAGUCCCGGGCCCGAGGAGGUGGAGAGAAAGGACACGGGUGCCAAGACGCCACCGCCCCAGAUCCUUCUGCCCCUGGAGGAGCGGGUGACCCACUUCCGAGACAUGCUCCUGGAGAGAGGGGAGCAACGCAGGACCCACUCCUUGGCCUUCGGAGAGGUUUCCGUGAAGGUGGGGCUGAGGUUGGAGGCGGUGUCAUCCGGGGAAGGGUCAUCUCAUGGUGGCUUCCGAGGGGGCGUCACCCUGCCGUGCCCCGCAGGUGGAGUGGGUGGAGGGGUCAGCCACCCGGCGUGGGACCCUCGCUGGUGGGGGUCGCUCAGGGCCGCUCAGCUGGACAGGACGCUGGGUGGACAGCUGGGGCCAGACCCGAGAGGCCUCAGUGCUGGCCGAGUGGCCGACCCGUUGGUCUGA